GGGGACCGAGGGAGUAUAGACUAUACGGACUAUACUCCGUAAUAAUUAUCACAUCUCUAUUCUUUUCUGUAUGAUCAAUGCUUUGUAAGGACUAGGGAUUAGCCAUGGAACCGCCAAAGGCAAAAAAGAGGCAGCUUGACGUCGCGCACUUGCAGAGCACUCCUUACUUCAAGAUGCGAUCCAUAGUCAAAGAACUUCGACCCCAUAUCAUUCAGGUUCUGCGCACACCCGACUUCCGAAAUUGCAAGGCAGCUACUGAAAUUCGUCAAGAGCUGAAUGUUCUGAUGGAUCUGUGCAAAGAGAUGGCAGCACAAACGGCAACAGCACCAACUCAAUCGAAGAAUGGAGUUCAGGGAUUGAAGCCCAGUGGUGUUACAAACCAGAAUAUGAAAUCAGCAGAGAAGCCUCCGGCUCCCUCAGAGAGAUCCGCAUCAGUAAUAAAGCCUUGUGAUGAUAAGGGGGUGGCCUCCUCAGGAAGUCUAUCCCUGAAACAACGCACUGUUGAUGCCAUUGCCAAUGGGACAUAUAUAGUUGGUGGGUCUGCAUUUGGCUGGAAUUUCAUAGUCUAUCCUGGAGAUGCAAUGGUGUACUAUGGCAGAACAAAAGAGUCGUUCAGGUCUUCAAACCCAAAAUCUCAAUGAACGAUUCUUUGUCAUCACCAUGAAGGAUGAUGUGAGGGAUAAAUUAGGUAUUGUUAAUAGACCUCUAUUUUUUAUACUGGUUACGACAUAUGUUUUCUUUAUUGGUUUCUACGGUUUGAUUUUGCACUGAUCUACUUUUUGGAAGGAUAUAAUGGAAACAUCAAAAGUAAAGUCAAAUUGAGAACUUGUUUGAGAACCCGAAGGUAGUAAAAGUUUU